AUGUCUGGCCAAGGCCGAGAAUCUUCCCCCCAGCCCUACGGGUGGCUGUCCGUCUGCCUGCGAUGGCCAUCCCUCCUCGCCUUUUCCAUCUUUAAUAUCGCCCUCAUAGCGACCGUCAUCGCUCUGACCAUCUUCUCUUCACAAAAUGAUGGCUUUGUCACGGUUCCAUCUAGCAAUACCGCUAAGGAUGGUGAGGUCGGCGACAUUCCUGACACUCCCUGGAGCUUGGGUAUACUCUGGACAUCACUCCCCAGCUUUGUCUUUUCUCUUUUUGGUGCCUACUGGGCCUGGAUAGCUGGCUCCCUUGCAGAGCGUCAACCCUACGUCGAACUUCGCAAAGAGGGUGGCGCCGACGCAAGAGUGUCGAUUCUCCUGGAUUACCGAGUUGUCGCCAGCAUCUGGCGCUGGUGGGGAGCCUUUCGAAAGUCUCACUACAUGGUCGGAGCUACUACUCUGCUGUCCGUGUUUUUGACAUAUCUUGUUGCGCCAUUCGCUGCACGUUUGUUCGUGUCGCAAGUCGUAACAGUCUCGACGUCGCUCCCUAUCGUGUACAAUCAGACGUACAAUGUCGACGGCAUCGAUUCUACUGUCGAUUGGCGCCCUGUUUUCGAUACUGUCUCCGCCACGCGACUCUACGGAGGCAACAAGAUUGCCUGGACGGAUGACGAGCGUGCCUUUCGCCCGUUUGAUGCCGACUCGGACCUUGCCACAGGAACGAGCAUGGCAGCAAAUACCACUGCGUACUCGGCCUACCUCAACUCAAAGACCAACCUUAAAGACAUCAAGGUCAUCUCCUGUGCAACUGGAUACCGCCAAGUCGCCGGGACCCUUCGAGUUCUGCCGUCAACAGAUGCCCCAAUCAUUCAAUCGUUCGUCGAGACGGGUGAGCCCAAUACCAGCCGACCAAAGCUGUGGAGAGUCUUUGAGCAAGACAUUUUCGGAGCUGUGACCUUCAACCCAAAGAUGAAGUGGUCAACCACGGACCUGGGGACUUUGAUGCUGUACACUGCCCAACGGGCGCAGCCAUCGGAUCCCCUAGCAACAGAUGUACUCAUGGAUGCAAUUCAGAGCGUCUUUACGGCCAUCUACGUGAAUGCGGUUUCGGUUCAUGGCUUCAAGACACUCUCAGAGCCCGAGAAGGCUACGGGGUCAGGCUUUGUUCCCACAACUCGCCUUUUCGUCGUAACCUGGGUCGCAGGAAUUAUCGUCGCAUUCCUCGCCAUCACCCUCUGCACCGUCGCCGUGGUACAUUUUCUUCUGCGUGACGCUCCAUCAAUCCUAUCAGAGGAACCCCAGGGGUUAUUAUCCAUGGCUGCCAUUCUUCAAAAGAGCGACCUUCUUCGCGUAGCUUCUGAGAUACGCCAAGAGGUUGGACUUGAGGGCGAGAUACGGGAAAGAGCCAAGGGCCAGUCCGACGUGAAGGACAGAAAGUGGAGAGUGGUGAAGCAUCCUGAGACUGGGUACUGGGUUGUCAGGGCGGCGCGGAAUGUCGAGAUGGGAGCUGCAGAGCGUCUUCUGAGCUGA